AUGUACCAAUUUCUCCUUGGCGCUGCCGCUGCCACAUUCAUGCCCUUCGGCGGAAUCAACGCUGCCAACCUUCUUGCGUCAUAUAUCUCCGCAAUUACCGAUGGGAGAAGUCCACGAGCAGAUCGUUAUAAUAGUGCUGAACCACCAAGAUCCUCUGGAGGAGCUGAUGAUGACUCGGAUUAUGUGAGCAAAUUUAUUAACGAAUGGAGAAGAAUAAAUCCGGUGUUAAAUUAUUCUGAAAUUAUUCAUAAAGCUAUCGAAGGCAUUUUAGAAGAAGCUGCACCUCUCAAAGGAAAACUUCAACAUGACGAGCUUUCACCAGAAGAAAUUGCUGCCGCCCUUCGAAGAGUUCAACAUUCGUCAGAAAGAGAUAUUUUGGAAUGUGUUGUUACACUAUACACUCGAGAAACAUUUCUUUGCUAUUCGAUAAAUUUUGUUUUAAGAUACCAAAUGAUGGAGAAAGUCCAGACAUUAGGUCCAAUCUGUUUUCUUCUACAACAUUAUCUACUUUUUUUUUCUCCACAAGUUCCAAUAUCAGAUAGUGGUAAAGCAUGUGAUACGGUUUAUCGAGGUGUCUGUCUUGAUAGUGAAGGUGAUUGGAGAAAACUGAUUGAUGAAUGCCAGAAAUUAGUUGGAACUUAUAUGAGAUGGCCGGGAUUUACGUCAACGUCAAAAGAUAUCAACGUAUCGAAAAAAUUUAUGGCUUGUCGAAGAUAUCAGAUAUUAUACACGAUUCGAAUGACAACAAGUGUGAAGCCAAAAAGUCGUAGAUCUGACAUAUCGCCAUUAGCAGAAAAUAAAAGACAUGAGAAAGAAGUACUUUUCUCCGCAGGAUGUCAGUUUUUAGUGCAAAGUGUUGAACAUGGAAAUCCCACAAAAAUUUUACUACAAUUUUGA